AUGACAUCAAAUAUUCAAACUUAUCGUCAAUAUCCUCGUUAUAAAGUUAGUGUGUUAUCACCUUCGAAUGAAAAGAUAUUACCUAAUAAUAAUGCAACAACACCAUCGGAUAUUAAUUUGAUGUCUUCGUCUUCGUCUUCGUCUUCAAAGCCAAAUAUAUUACCAUGGCCAACUAUCUUCUGGAUUGCUUUGGGUAUUCUAAUAUUUCUUGCCUUAGUUAUUGUUGUCGUAGUACCUAUUGCCGUUUUAGCCAAUAAAGCUAUAUCUACAAUAUGUCCAACAACAUCAAUUACUACUACAGUAACUGCAAGCUCACUUCCUGCUCAAUGUUCUAAUUAUACAACAAUUACAGAUGACACACGAAGUCCAGACUAUACAGUAUCGAGUUCUUGUGAUGAUACAAUAUUUUCAACUACACCAAUGUGGGUUCGUUUUACUGGAUCAAGUGGAACUCUUUUAGCCAGUUGUCCUAUUGAUACAGGUCGAUGUGGAGCCGAUGCUCCUGGUUGGUAUAGUGGAGUUCAUCCAUCUUUAGCUGGUUCUGUUACAUCUGGUUUCGUCUGUUACAAUUUUGAUGGAGAUUUAUGUUAUUGGACAAGUUGGAUUUUAGUAACUAAUUGUAAUGGAUUUUAUGUUUAUUAUUUGUAUGCACCACCCGCGUGUAUUUUAAGAUACUGCACUAUAUAA